UUCAGGAGCUUCCGCUGGGUGCAGACGAUGAUUUUUGCGAUUCGAGAAAUAAACAAGGACACCGGGCUCCUUCCGGGCGUGAAGCUGGGCUACCGGAUUUACGACACCUGUGCCACCCACACCCAGUCCCUGAGAUCGACCUUGGCAUCAACGACGGGCGAGAUGGAGGAGGUGCCCGCACACGACUGUGAGGCAUCUGCUUCCAUUCCUGUGAUUGUUGGUGACUCGGGGUCCACACAGUCCAUGAUAAUACAGAGGACCCUGGGCCCUUUCAGAGUUCCAAUGGUCAGCUACUUUGCCUCAUGCGCGUGCCUGAGCCGGAGGAGUGAGUUUCCGACCUUCUUCAGGACCAUGCCCAGCGAUGCCCAUCAGGCGCGCGGCAUGGCGCAGCUGGUGGCUCGCUACGGCUGGACCUGGGUGGGGUCAGUGGUGGGCGACGAUGACUACGGCCGCAGCGGCAUUCAGGCCUUCACGGACGAGGUCAGCAAGCUCGGGGUGUGCGUCGCUUUCUCCGAGCUCAUCCCGAAGGUGUACUCCAGGCCGAAGAUCCUUCAGAUCGCGGAGACCAUCCGAGCGUCGAGUGCCAGAGUCAUCGUCAUGUUCGCCAUCGAGGGAGACGCCUACCCCUUGGUCAGAGAAAUGGUCAGGCAGAACAUCAGCGGCCGCCAGUGGAUCGCCAGCGAGGCCUGGGUGACGUCGGCCUUGAUGGGAGCCGGCGAGAACCUCCUCUCUCUCAGCGGGACUAUAGGCUUCGCAAUCCGCAGAGGCCAGAUCCCGGGCCUGAGGGACUUCCUUCUUGAAGCCCAUCCGUCAAAAACUCCCAAUAACCCCUUUGUGAAGGAACUCUGGGAGACCAUAUUUCAUUGCUCCCUUAAGAAUUCAGGUAGUGUCAAAGGAAGCAAUGCAUCAAAUGUCGCUCCGACCCAAUGUACAGGUUCAGAGGACUUAAGCAGUGAAUACAAUAUAUAUUCAGAUGUGUCACAACUGAGAGUCUCCUAUAAUGUCUACAAAGCCAUAUAUUCAAUAGCUCAUGCCCUUCACAAUAUGAACUCUUGUAAAAGUGGCACUGGACCAAAUAAUACCUGUGCAAAUAUUUUCAACUUCAAACCAUGGCAGCUCCUCCAUUACCUGAAGCAGGUGAUGUACACAACGAAGUUGGGGGAGAAGGUUUACUUUGACGAGAAUGGGGACCCACUGGCAUCGUAUGAUAUCAUCAAUUGGCAAAGAAAAACAGAUGGGUCCAUUAAGUAUGUGCACGUUGGCAGGUUCAAUGCAGCUUCAGGCUUGGAACAUGGUCUUCAGAUAAAAGAAGAACUUAUCAUUUGGCACGGCAACCAAACCUUGGUCCCGCACUCCAUCUGCACGGAGAGUUGUCCUCGAGGCACAAGGAAGGUUCUUCCAAAAGGACAACCUGUUUGCUGUUCUGAAUGCCUGCAGUGUCCUGAUGGAGAGAUCAGUAAUGUAACAGAUUCCCUCAACUGCAUUGCUUGUGCUCCAGAGUAUUGGCCCAACACACCGAGGAAUGAGUGCAUACUCAAACACAUUGAGUUCCUCUCGAUGGAAGAUGGCACGGGAAUGGCCCUGACCACCGUGUCCUUGCUGGGAACGGCCAGCACGGUGUUGAUGGCCGGAGUGGUCUGGUACUACAGGAGGACCCCCAUCAUCCGCGCCAACAACUCCGCCCUCAGCUUCCUGCUCCUCUUCUCCUUGGCGCUCUGCUUCCUGUGCUCGCUCAGCUUCAUCGGCCGACCCUCGGCCUGGUCCUGCAGGCUGAGGCACACGCUGUUUGGCAUCAGCUUUGUCCUCUGCCUCUCCUGCGUGCUGGCCAAGACCCUGGUGGUGCUGGUGGCCUUCAAGUCCACUCUUCCUGGCAACAAGCUGAUGAGAUGGUUCGGGAGCCUGCAGCAGAUCCUCAGCGUCCUCCUCUGUACAGCUGUCCAGGGGGGCAUCUGUCUAGCGUGGUUACUCCUGGCAGCCCCCUUCCCCGUGAAGCAGACCAAAUACUACAAGGAGAAGAUAAUCUACGAGUGCGACGUGGGCUCGAUGGCUGCGUUUUGCUGCGUGUUGGGGUACAUCGGCUUCCUGGCCUGCGUCAGUCUUGCUCUUGCCUUCCUAGCCCGAAAGCUCCCGGAUAACUUCAACGAGGCCAAGUUCAUCACCUUCAGCAUGCUGAUCUUCUGCGCCGUGUGGCUGGCCUUUAUCCCCGCUUACGCCAGUUCUCCCGGCAAGUACGCCGUGGCCGUCGAGAUCUUUGCCAUUCUGGCGUCGAGCUUUGGCCUGCUGACCUGCCUAUUUGUGCCCAAAUGUUAUAUCAUCCUUUUAAAACCAGAACAAAACACCAAGAGACAUCUCAUGGGAAGAACAGGCUAA